AUGCCCAAGAAGAGUACUAACAGUGUUUGGUGGCGUGAAUAUAGGAAAAAGCUGUACAAACCUAAUGUGAGGAAUAUGAGUAUCGGGACUGUUUUGAGGAUAAAUUUCAGGAAAACUUUCAAGGAAUACCUCGAGAACUGCUCUUUUGGAGGUAUCCAGCGUAUACGCAAACGAGGUCAGAGUAAAGAACAAAGAACUAUGCGAGUACUUUUGUUUUGCACAAUGCUGGGUACCAUUACUUACUACCUCCAAAACCUGUGGUUCGAGAAUCUCGCCAGACCUAUGAUAGUCAACAUGGAGUCGUCGACGUAUCCCAUAUCCAACAUAGAGUUUCCAGCCGUAACAUUGUGUAACUUUAACAGGAUUAGUAAAGACUCUUUGGAGAAAUUAAUACUCGAGAGCAAAUCAAUGGGAAAUGAAUCUCUUGCAGAAGUUAGAACGUUCUGGACGCAGUUGGGAAGACUGAUUGACUAUUCUUACAAUAAAUCCAUGCAAAAUCACCCGUCGCUUCAUUCGUUUGGCAGUUUCCUCAGCAAUGAACGCGGUAUCGUCGAAACAAUGGAGACACUAGCACCACCUUGUGAUAAAAUGUUAGUGCGAUGUGCUUGGGCGGGUCAAAUUGUUGGCUGUAAAAGCAUUUUCUCCGUUGAACUUACCGUCCGCGGCCAUUGCUGUGCUUUCAAUCUCGUUGUUGGAGACAACAAAAGUGACGGAAGGAGCAGAAAUAAUUAUACAAUAAAAAGGCAGUAUCAGCCGGGUUAUUUGCAAGGUCUCAAUGUUAUUCUGGACUCUAUGGUCGAAGACUAUUCCUAUACAACGUUCAACAUGUUUGGAUUUGAAGUUUUUAUAUUUGAUGCCACUCAUUUCGCGGACCCCACUAGCGGCAGUGUAAUUCAACGCAUUGCUCAACCUGACCAGGCGGCGUUUUUCGAGAUCCACGCUACCAAGCAAGUCGCCACGAAGGAAGUCCGCAAAUACCCUCCGGCAACUAGGAAAUGCCUCUUCCAUGAUGAGUUGCAAGAUGAGUUCUACGACUUAUACUCGUACAGCGCUUGCAUAGUAAGAUGCAGGAUCAAUACUGUAAAGUCACUGUGCAAAUGUACGCCAUAUAACUUCCCUUAUGUGUCUAAAAGGCAUCCUGUAUGCACUAUAGAUCAUUUGAGAUGCUUAAAUAAAUAUAAAGAAAAACUGUUUCACCUAUUUCCAAAAGACGUCAUCAACACCGAAGGUCUGGAAGCAGAGCUUCAAAACGCACUUUACUGUGCAGAGUGCCUCCCGGACUGCGAAAUGAUUCGACACUAUUCGAAGUACUCCAAGAUACCGCUCGUCUAUGUCGCUAAUCAGCAUAAAGAGUACUCAAAUUUCUUUUUCAGAGACCUAAACAUGUCCGGUAAAUGUUUACUCAGCAUUUAUCAAGCAACAACGGACGGUGUGUUAAACCGCCUUGACAUAGUGAUGUAUUGGUUCGAGGUUGUUAGUAACGUUGGCGGCUUCUCUGGUAUCCUGAUAGGAUUUUCUCUAAUUAACAUUCUUGAAUUUGUGUAUUUUUUUACAUUUCGUUUUUUCUUGAAUUUGUAUCGCUUAUAUUAUCACAACUAG